AUGACUACUACCGGCGCGAACCUCCCCCUCUCUUCCUUGGAGAGCUGCAAUCUCAGAAUUCCGAUCUCCAACGGGAGCUGGGGAACCUCAAGAAGGAGCUAGAAUUGACCAACCAGAAGCUCGGCUCCAGCAUGCACAGCAUAAAGACCUUCUGGAGCCCCGAGCUGAAGAAGGAGCGGGCGCUACGCAAGGAGGAGAGCGCGAAGUACAGCCUUAUCAACGACCAACUGAAACUGCUCAAUCAAGAAAACCAGAAACAAGCCAUGCUAGUCCGCCAACUAGAAGAGGAGCUCCGACUGCGCAUGCGUCAACCGGCGCCAGAACUGCAACAACAGCUGGAAGCCCUGUUCGCCGAGAACGAACACCUGCAGAGGGAAAUAGCCAUACUGAGGGAUACUAUCAAGGAACUCGAGCUAAGGAUCGAAACGCAGAAGCAAACGCUCCAAGCGCGAGACGAGAGCAUAAAGAAGCUUCUAGAAAUGCUGCAGAACAAGGGGAUGGGUACGUUCUUACACGGUAAAGAAGAAGAGCGGCAGAUGUUCCAACAGAUGCAGGCCAUGGCACAGAAGCAGUUGGAUGAGUUCCGGCUGGAGAUCCAGCGGCGCGACCAGGAGAUCCUGGCGAUGGCGGCCAAGAUGAAGGCGCUGGAGGAGCAGCACCAGGACUACCAGCGCCACAUCGCCGUCCUCAAGGAGUCGCUCUGCGCCAAGGAGGAGCACUACACCAUGUUGCAGACUGACGUAGAAGAGCUAAAAGCGCGCCUAGACGAGAAGAGCCGCCUGGUGGAAAAGAAGACAGCAGCCGCGUUGUCCGCUGCGCAUGAGCUGGCUGAGCUGCGCGAUCACUCCGAGAUCAAGGACAGGAAGAUCAACGUACUGCAGCGAAAGAUCGAAAACCUUGAAGACUUGCUGAAAGAAAAAGAUAAUCAAGUAGACAUGGCCAGAGCUAGGCUUAACGCAAUGCAAGCGCAUCACUGCUCCUCCGAAGGUGCCCUCUCCUCGCUCGAAGAAGUCAUAGGCGAUAAAGAAAAACAAAUACAACAACUUCGCGAGCAACGAGACAGAGCCGAACACGAGAAGAACGAGGAGCGAGAGCUUCAUGAGAGAGAGAUAGCUGAUUACAAAAUGAAACUCCACGCUCUAGAAAGUGAGGUCGAAAAGUUAGGAGCCAGACUCGAGAGAGCCCAAGCCGAGAAGGACAGACUCGAAGCUAAACUAGAAAGCUCUCAGUCAGAACUAGGGAAGUCUAAAGCUGAGCUGGACAAAGCGGCCAGUGAAGUGGGAAGGUCUGGGGCUGACUGGGAAGCGGCGAAACAACGCCUGGCCAGACUUGAGCUUGAAAACGAACGACUGAAACACGAACUCGAGCGCUCGCAGACUACUUUCGGCAGAAGCACACUGACAACAUCUCAAGAGCUAGAUAGAGUGCAAGAGAAGGCUGACAAGCACGCCGCAGAGCUGAGGCGUACUCUUGCGGAACUGAGAGUGACUCAAGCGGAUGCUGAAAGAGCACAUUCAGAGGCUUCUGGGCUCCAAGAUAAGCUUGAAAAGAGUCAGGGUGAAGUGUACCGUCUCAAAGCCAAGCUGGAAAAUGCACAAACGGAACAGGACAGCUUGAAAGAGGAAUAUGACCGCGUGCAAUCCAGCAUCAGUCGUCUGCACUCCGAGCGAGACAAGGCCGUCGCAGAACUAGAUAAAGCCAGGGAAGAGCUGGAGCGCACUCAGGCGACCCUGGGCAAGGCGCAGCUGCAGCAGGACAAGCUGCAGGCCUCGCUGGACAAUGCGCACUCCGAGAUCGACAAGCUGCAAGAGAAGCUGGAUAAGGCCAAUGCUGAACUCAGAAAGCUCCAAGUGGACAGAGAGAAGCAAUCGUACGACUUCGAGUCCCUACAAUCCCAGCUGGACAAGGCACUUGGCCAGGCCGCUCGCCUGCAGAAGGAACGAGACACCGCACAACUGGACUGCGAGCGCUUCAGAGACAAGAACGACAAGGCACAAGCCCUAGUAGCCCGUAUCCAGAAAGAGCGGGACGCCGCACUAGCAGAAGCGGCGAGCUGCCGAGAACGCGCCGAGGCCGCCGCGGCCGCAGCCAAUCGGGCCGCGAGGGACAGAGAUAGCGCUGCUACUGAGCUGGAUGUACUUAGAGAGAGAUGGGAGAAGGCGCAUCAGCAGCAUCAGAAGCUUACGAUGGAGCGCGACGGUGCCCUCACAGAGACCGAGAUCCUCAAGGAGAAGCUCGACAAGGCGCUGUACUCCACGCAGAAGACCAUCGAGGAGAAAGAGACCGCCCACAAGGAGUACGAGAAAAUGCUAGAAAAAUCACAGAACGAAAUCUACAGACUCCAGAACAAGAUAGACAUUCUCGAAGCUGAUAAAGACAGAUUGGAACUCGAACUGGAAAAACACUUACACAUGUCCACCAAAUCGAGGGACGAUCAGAGAAAGCUCCAAGACGAGCUGUCGAGAUUACAGGAAAUGUACGACCGAGCUUCUUUACAACUGGGCAGGACCAAAGAACAGGAAGAAAAGGCAAAGGAGGACAUGGACAGGCUAAGUGUCGAUAUAGAAAUGGUACGAGAGCGGUACGAGAAAUCGCAGAUAGAGCUCCGAAGGCUCCAAGCGGAAAAGGAGAAGCUUGUCGGUGAUAGUGAACGUUUGCAAUUCGAAUACGACCGCGCGAUGACUCAGUGCGGCAAGGCGCAGGCUUCCAAUGAGAAAACGCAGGAAGAAAUGGCAAGAGUGCAAAUAGAGCUCGAAAAGAUGUACGACAAGCAUGACAAAGUGUCCUCGGAACUUCGAAGAGUGCAGGCUGAAUUAGACAAAGUCAAACAGGACGCUUCUGGCGCAAAAGAAGAGGCCGAGCGGUAUGCGGCACGGUACGGGAAAUACCAUGACACGAAGGAAGAACAUGAGAGAACUAAGAUGGAGCUGGAGCGGCUUCGCGUGCGGUUAGAGAAGACCACGCUAGACCUGGAGCGCGCCCGCAAGGCCGAGGAGGAAGUCACCCGGCUUCGCUCGGAGCUCGAACGCACCGAAGGCAUGCGAGGUAAAUACCAAUUCGAACAGGACAAGUGGACCAACGAGUUAACGCGAGUGCAAGCUGAGUUGGAUAAGCAACGCGAACGUUUCGACGCGGCUCAAGUCGAAAUCCAGCGUCUACAAGCCGAAAAGGAGCAAGCAGAGACAAAGUUGCACGAGUCGAAUAUACAACUAGAACUAUCCAAGACCGAAGUGACGAAGCUAAGUGCGGCGUUAGAGAAGCAAAGGACAGAACUUGAACGCGCUCAUAUUGAGUGCGAAAAGUUCCGGGAUAGAUGUGAGAAACUUAAGCUACGAUCGGAUCAGCUCGACAAAGAUAACGAGCGACUCAAAGGUGAACUGCAGCAGAUCGAAAGGAUGAAGCUCCAGGCCGUAGCUGGAGACAAGGCUAGGACUGAGGACCGACUCGAGAUUGAACGUCUCCGAGACAAACUUGAAAAGGCCAUCCAAGCAAGAGAUUCCACAGAAAUGGAAGCCGGUCGUUUAGCGAAGGAACUAGAAAAGUCGCAGAUACAUCUUGCGAAAUAUCAGGAAACGAAUGAGUCUACAAGAGUUGAAUACGAGAGGAUGACAAAUGAGUUAGGCCGCAUGCAUGAACGCCUCGAACGAACUAUAUUGGAGAUGAGGCAGAUCGAACAAGAGAGGGAUGCCCUUCGAGUCGAGAUCCAGAACACAAGGCGUAACGUUGAACAACAACAGCGAACUCUGGAUCACCGAACGCAAGAAACUCUAGUAAAACUCCAGCAAGAAUUAGCGCAGUCUGUCCGGGACAGAGAAAAGAUGGCCUCUAUAUUAGAGCAGAGAGAUAAACAGGCGGACGCUAUUGAAAAGCAGAUAGUUAAAUUAGAAGCGGACACGAAGCAGUUGACUAUCGAGCGCGACCAACUUGUAGCCCAAUUAGAAAAGUCUCAAGACAUGCUCGUAAACUUCCAACGCGAGCUAAAUGCUUCGGAAGCGGAGCUACAAAAGCAGCGCGAAGAAGUCCGCAGACUGAAGGAGGAACAGAGAAAGAUGGCGCAGGACCAAGAGCGCGGUACCAAAUCCGUCCUAGAGGGCAGAGAGCGUGAGAUCGCUAAACUACAGCAGCAGGUACAGGCUGUCAGUAAAGAGAGGGAUACGAUCAGACAGCGAGCAGAAGCGGCCGAGAAACAAGCUCAGAAGGCGGGAGAAGUCGAUAAGUGGAGAGCUGCCGUCGAACAGGAGAAGACCAAGGCUAUCGCGGCGGAGAAGGCGUUAGCGGAAUGUCAACAGCGUUUACAGUCGAUAGAGAAACAGUUCCAGGCGCAGCAGCAGCAGCUCGCGCAGCUGCAGCGCGCCGGCGGUGGCGACGUGCGCGCGCAGCUGGAGGCGUCGCAGGCGGAGGCGCGCGCCGUGGCCGUCGAGCGCGAGCGCUGUCAGGCGCAGCUUGAAAUGCUGGUCCAAGAGCUCGAGAAGACGCAGCUCGAUCUCCACGAAGCCAACAAGAAGCUACAGGCGGCUGGCGCUCAGAACGCCAAAGCUGGGGACGAUACAGCCCAAGCUAAGAGGCAGCUCCAAGAAGAAUUUAAGAAGCUGGAAGACGCGAGAAGACAGUUUGAAGAACACAGGAAAGCGGUUGAAGCGAAGAGGAAAGACGUGGAAGAGAAAGAAAAGUCGUUGGCGGAACUGGAUCGGCAGUUGAAGAAGAGGAAAGAGCAAAUGGACCAAAUGGAAGCAUCUUUGAGGAAGGCUGGCGGCAGCACGGCAGCGGUAACUGACUUGAACCGCAAGCUGACAGACACUCAGAAGGAAGCGGAGAUGGCGAAACAACAGCUCGAACAAAGCAAGGAGGAGGCAGCCCGUCUCUCUGCAGAGACGGAGCGCCUGCUACAGCUCGUGCAGAUGUCGCAGGAGGAGCAGGCGCAGAAGGAGAAGCAAAUGAUGGAGAUGCAACAGUCUAUAAGAAACCUCCAAGCCAAACUGAAAAGUCAGCAGCAAGCGCAAGCACAAAGAGAAGAGGAACUGAGCCGGUCGAAGCAGAGCGAGCUGGCGGCCAUGAGCGAGCUCGCGCAUGCGCUCGCCAGCACCGACGAGCUGCGCUCUAAGAUAGAAGAGGGCAAAAUGAAAAUAAUCGACCUAGAGAUCGAGCUUAACGAGUCGUCGCUUAUUCUGUCCGAGAUACUCAAAAUAUCAGAUAGCCAGGAGCUAACGAAAAUUAAAAAGAGCAAAAGCUUUUUCGAGCUCCAGAAAAGUGGUAAGGUAGUGGAUAGGCUAGACAAGUGCAGAUUUAGUAGGAGUUUUAAUGAUUUAAACAUACUUCACGAUGAAACGAGUGAGAAGCCGAGCAUGCCUAAGUUGGCCAGGAAAAUCAGCAGCCUGUCCAAGGAAAUCGCUGUGAAGAAUUCGAAGAUUAUUGAACAACAACGUUGCAUAUCUAUACUAGAAGAAGCACUUCGAGAAAACAAUAAUAUAGCCGAAUUUGAACAACUCCUAGCCGUAGUGAGAAGCAAAGAUGAAAGAAUAACUGAACUAGAGAAGAUUAUAAAUAAGAAAUCUGGCACAAUGACAGCUGAUUUCAAAGAUAAGAGAAUAUUGGAGUUAGAAGACGCUUUAAAGGAGUCUUUUACAAUAGCAGCGGAAAGAGAAAAGGUUUUCUACGAGGAAGAACAAAGGAGAAUAGCAACUUUACACAAGAUGAGAAAGAUGGAACAGCGUAUCCGCUCUCUCCAGAACGCGUCAGUCAUGAACUGUGGAACGUGUUCCUCUGUCCUGAGGAGGCUGAAGCAGUUAGAGGACUCCCUACAAGACUGCGAGAGGAGACGGGACGUGGCUGUUGGUGAAUUGGCACAUAUCAUUCAAGACAUUUUGAAAGGAGCAAUAAGUGAGAAAGACUCCCAGAUCGCGGAGAUGGAGAUGAAAGGGGUGCUGAACGAGGCCGAGACGGAGCGAUGCGAUGCUCUCAAGAGCGAGCGAGACAGGCUGCUGGAAAGGCUGAAGAUUGAGAAUGAACGCAUAGUGGAGGUGCAAGCGUUCGAUGUACCAGGCGCCCAUAGUCGCCGAGGAGAGCGCGCUGCCGGACCUCGCGCUGGCCGACGAGCUCAUCGCCGUCGACAAUGUAAUAUUUUGGGAGGAGGACAUCCCGGCGACCGUGCUGUGACGUCACAAAGCUAAGUUUUCAAAGACGUUUUCAAACGUAGUCACACGCACCCAUCUCAUCCGCUACCUUACCAUGCUUUUCACUUCAGCCUGAAAAACGCCCCAAAAACGCUUGCUCAGAACGCGUUUAAAUCUUGAACUGACCAACUGUUUUUGUUUCUGUAAAUAAAUAAGUUUUUAAUAUUUCUUUUUUUUUAUUCAUAGUCUGACGGUUUCUUUCACAAGGUCUCAAAGUAAAUAUACGAUAUUUUUUUAAUAAAUCGAACCAAAUCAUUUUACAAUUAUAUAAUUAAUUACCUAAUGCACUUGUUAACGAAUUGUAUACCUUUAGAGCAAUAAUUUUAAAUCUUACCAGUACCUAUUCUAGUAAAAUUUUCACACUCGGUGUCUAUUUUUAUCCUAUUAAUUAGUAAAAUAUAUUACCGUUUUUACUGCCUCCAUAGUAUUUAUUAGGUACAAUGGUUUCCAAAUAUAAUAGUUCAAAUUAUUUACCUAUUUAAAUGCAUUAUGUAGGCGAAUCGAAGACUUUCAAAACUUAGGAUAGUUAAUAACUGGUUUUAUUUAAUUAUAGCGAAAUUGUGUAUUAUUAACGACAGUGCGACGGUGCCGAAGAAUGUUAUCAAAUAUUGCAAUACAACUGAACAACGAUUUGGUUUAAUAAUGGUUUACAAAUAAAAACAUAUCAUGCACAAAUUGAAGACAAAAUGCUGACAGUCUGCAUAUCAUAAAUAUACAAAAUUAGACUCCAAUAGUUUUCGGAAAUGUCAAAGAAUUGUUCGAAAAUAAUGUCCACUGACUGAUUUUAUUCUAAAUUGUGUGUGUCUAGCCAACGAUGCCAUUAGCAAAAAAAUCUACUAAACGUUCGUUCUCUUUCUUUAGAGAUGAUUUUUCUAGCGUAAGAAGAAGAUGACUGGAUUUCUAAAUAAUCUAGCACAUGGGUUACUUCGGGCAAGAUACGACAAGACUUGAAUCGGCCUAGCGAUAUGACCUCAUCUUAUAUUUUAGGAUACCAAGCAUGUUUUAGUGACAUCGUUGGCUGGCAACCAUUACAGUCUGACGAAAAAGAGUAAGAAAUUAAAAAGUGGCAACAUCGUAGUGUCGUCCCGUUUUCUCACAUCUAUAGAUUUGAAAGGGAUGACUCUACAAUGUUGCCACUUUUCAAUUUCUACUCUUUUUGGUUAGACUUUACAGACAACCAAAAUUAUUAUCUUUGACAUUUGCGUUAACGACGGAUCGUAGCUUCUUAUUAUUAUGUAAUCUCUUAGGGAGAAUGUUGAAAAUAUUUUUGUGAAAACCUGGGACGAUAGCAUGCUGCAUCCCUCUCACUCACAUAUGUUUGUAACUAAUGCGAGAGAGACAAACAACAUGCUAUCGCCACACGCUGAUAAGUCAAUCAAAGCACUGCCUUAUUCUAAGUGUAAAAAUGUUUUUCGUUAAGCGAGGUAAGCAAUAAACUACUCUGCCCUGAGUUUCUACCGCGAAAUUUAAAUUUAAUUAUCUACCUUUUCAUUGUUCGAAUAUUCAAGGAUAGUAGGAUGGUAGAUAACGAAAUUUGGAUGUUCGUAUUUCGCGGGAAGACCUCUGUUCACGCUAAUUCACUAGGAGAGUGAGUAAGACGCAAAGUGUUGGUAAUGUCACGUCUGGUUCCUACCUUGUUUCAGUUCAGAGUCCUAAGUUUGGCCUAGAAUCGCCUAAAAUACGAGUUCUAUCGGUUGGUCAAAAUUGGUUGUAAAUUCAAAAAAACCCCUUCUAUAUUAAAAAGUCAAAUUUGUAAUUUGGAGUAAGUACCUAUCCCAAAAAUUGUAUUAACGUUGCUUGAAAAGAAUCAAUCAAUAUUGCAGGCGUGAAAUAUAAAAUAAUGUUAUAAAUUUGAUGUUCAAAGAUGAACACGGCAGCUAAUACACCAAUUGCAGUAUUUAUAAGUCGACUUGGUGAAAUAUGGUCCUUCGUGCUCCGGUGAAGAUCGCAACAGUAACUUUACUAAGAAUUUUCUUCUGAUGGGCCAAAAAAUGCAUAAUGCGUGUGAAAACUGGCCUAAAAAGGAUUACAUAUUCGGUUAUGAAUACAGAGAUGAAGUGCGGAAAGAAUUGGCUUCGUAUUGUUACGGAAACAUACGAACGUGUCAUGCUAUUUCUAUCAGUGUCAGUAGAAGUUGUACUGACAUUGACUGAAUUAGCAUGACAAAUACCUACGAACGUUUUCGGAAUAAUACGAAGGAAACCCUUUUCGCACUCCAUCUGUAGAUACUAUAUGCAAUUGAAGAAACAUAACUCAUUGUAUAGAAAACAAGUUUCUCUUAUCACAUGUCACUUGGAAAAGUGCACUUUCCGCUCCCUCCCUCAAAAUGCACCAAGGACCCUAAAUUACCUAUAAUAUUAAUUAUUAUGAGCUUUUAUAAUAUCUUUACAGUAUUGUAUUUGUGAUAUAAAAACCAGAACACGAUAACAAAUUUGUGAAUUGUUUUUAUUAAUUAUUAUAUCAAUUGAUGUCGCGAGGCAAAGUUUUUUUGAAGGUGGUAAAAAAAAAUUAGAAGAUGUUCAACGUUGUACCAUCUUCAAAUAUAACUUUGUUAAACUGUUGCUUUAUUGAGCUUAUUGCUGUUUUAAGCAAUUGUUUUUAUGAUCUCGUAUAUUGGAAUAUCGGACACCAGUUGAAACAUCGAAGUUUUAAGCAUUAAAAUAAAAGUAAUCUAAAAUAAUAUAUUAACGUCUGUCAAUUCACAUUACACGCAACGCGCCUUUUGAUUAAAAUAAAUGCUAUGAAUGUCAUGAUUUUUAUAUUGAAAGGCAUAUUCAAAAACAUUGUGCAUUUGCGCCAAACAUUAACUACCUACACUGACUGUUCUUUAAAAUGAUAGCUAUUUUUCCCUAGUUAUUUGUUGUAAUUUACAGGUAAAAUAAAGGGCAUCGGGUGAAACUUUUCAUCAGUAGCAAAGUUUCAGUUUUUAAAAUAUUACCUUUAGCGGGUGCGUGACGUGAUACACUUGACAAGUAUUGUUGAACCCAGUGUUUACACAAAUAUAGCAUGAAGUUCAAUGAAAAUCUGACUAAAUUGUUUCGCCCCAUUUCCUAUAAAUUUGCUCGAAUUCAAAUGCCUUAAGACAGAAGAGCAGUAUUUUUCCGAUCAACCAUUUUAAUUUACUGGGUCCAAGACUGUUUCAAGACUAGGCUGUCGUUUCUUCCUUAACCUAAGUAUACACUAUCUUGUUAAUUUACAUCACAGAUCUAUUAUAGUGUUGCAACAUAUUGGCUUUUUAUACACAGUCGCUGAGUAGUGCGUAUCGUAUGGUAGGUGGGUUGUAUAGCUGGCUGCAAAGUUUCGUUGAAAAAGUUUCAAAUGUUUUAAGACAAUACUCAAUAAUGUGUCUUAAUAUAAACUAGUCGCAAUACCGGCGAGUUGAUUUUAAGACAGAUAUGUUAUUGUUAUUUUAAGAUUCUAUUUUAAAUAUUCGACGCAAUUUUGCAGCUUGAGCGAUCUAUUUUAUAUCGAUCAAGUGUGUAGUUUGGGCUCCGAAGAGCCAGAAUAAUUAAAUUAUAUUAGUUACUUGUUACAUGAAUAUAAUGGUAUAAAUAACAUUGGUAUUGUUUCACACGUUGUAUUGACCGAACAUUUGCUGGGAAAAAUAUUAAAUACAUGUUCUUUGAAAAUAUAAUAUCUUCAUAUACGGAACGGUA